AUGGGAGGAGGUGCUAUGUUUGUGUCCGGACUGCGGCUUUCUGCGCUCCACUGCCCACGCCCGGGAGAUGGAUGCGCGCAAGGUCAGGAGACUGGAGCUCUGAAAAGUCACGAUUGUGUCUUGAUUUACAAAUCUGAGACAGAGGGAAAUGAAAACCAUACUUCAAAUAGUAGCUUAAUUACGCUCACCACCAAAAUGUUAAAAGUGAAGAGGUUGGAAGAAAUCAGCUCUUGUUACAGCAGCAAUCAGCUGGAGAAAAUGACAUUCUUUCAGUGCAUGGAAGAGGUUGAGAAAGUAAAAUGUUUUCUAGAAGGAAAUUCUAAUGAACAAGAUUCAAGAUCUGAAGAGAAUGAGGACAUUUUCAUGGGAAGAAUUGAGAAUAUGGAGUCUGCAAAGACCUUCAAAAAAGCUGAGGAGAAGGUGUGGCCAAACCCUGUCCUGAAGGAAAGGACACCUAUUGAAGAUGAAAGGACAUCAUCCCUCACAGAUGAUAUCCCAGCUCCUGCUGCUCCAUUUGACCAUCGUAUUGUAACAGCCAAAUACGCUGCAGUAGACAGUUCAUAUACUGUCAGCAAGACAGACAUUCUGGGAGGGGGUCGUUUUGGCCAGGUCCACAAGUGUGAAGAGAAAGCAACAGGCCUGAAGCUGGCUGCCAAAAUCAUUAAGACCAGAUGCCGAAAGGACAAGGAGGAAGUGAAGAAUGAGAUCAGCAUCAUGAACCAACUGGACCAUGUGAAUCUCAUUCAGCUCUAUGAUGCCUUUGAGUCCAAGAAUGAUAUCAUCCUGGUCAUGGAGUAUGUGGAAGGUGGAGAGCUGUUUGACCGCAUCAUUGAUGAAAACUACAACUUGACAGAACUCGAUACCAUCCUGUUCAUCAAACAGAUUUGUGAGGGGAUUAGGCAUAUGCAUCAGAUGUACAUCCUCCACUUGGACUUAAAGCCUGAGAAUAUCCUGUGUGUGAAUCGAGAUGCUAAACAAAUAAAAAUUAUUGAUUUUGGAUUGGCCAGAAGGUACAAACCCAGGGAGAAGCUGAAGGUGAACUUUGGAACCCCAGAAUUUCUCUCCCCUGAAGUUGUGAACUAUGAUUUUGUUUCUUUCUCUACUGACAUGUGGAGCGUUGGAGUGAUUACCUACAUGCUACUCAGCGGUUUAUCCCCUUUUCUGGGUGAUAAUGAUGCAGAGACACUAAGCAACGUCCUGGCAUGCAGGUGGGAUUUAGAAGAAGAAGAAUUUCAGGACAUCUCGGAUGAGGCCAGGGAGUUCAUCUCCAAGCUCCUGAUCAAGGAGAAGAGUUGGAGAAUAAGUGCCAGCGAAGCUCUGAAGCACCCCUGGUUGUCAGACCACAAGCUGCACUCCAGACUCAGUACACAGAAGAAGAACUGCAACUCUGAUGCUCAGAACCUCAUGACCAAAUAGUCCAUUGAAGGUGCUGGUUUAUUUGAAAGGAAAAGUGCUGCGGUUGCUGCUGCUUUGAGAAGACUUUUGAGCACUCAGCAGUUCUGAUGCCUUGACCCCUUUGCUGACUGGCAGGGGGAGUAGGGAGAGCCCUUGAACUUGAACUUGGAGCGACUUUGCUGCACUCAAUGGGUUACCCAGUUCCUGCUCCCUGGGGGCUCAG